UGGGGGUGGUAAUGGUGCAGGAGGUGGUGGGGGUGACGAUACUGCUGGGGGCGACGAUACUGCUGGGGGUGACGAUACUGCUGGGGGCGACGAUACUGCUGGGGGUGACGAUACUGCUGGGGGUGACGAUACUGCUGGAGGUGACGAUACCGCUGGGGGCGACGAUACCGCUGGGGGCGACGAACCACCUCCAGACGAAUAAAAUAUUUUUCGAAUAAUUGUGAAGGACUUUCACUGAAAGUAUUAAUAAAGCACAGAAUAUAAAAUACUCUUAUCUCAACUUGCCUCACUAAUACCCGGACUUACUUUGCACAGCAUUCUUGCUCAAGACGUUGUUUCAAAAAUCAUAAUAUUAUGAUUCUGAUUCUAUCAGAAUUAAUGUCAUUAAAUUAUAUAAUUGAUUUUCAACUAUUAAUUGUUCUGUUUGACUAUUUCAAAAUUAAGCCAACUUGGCGUUCAUAUUUAGAGUCGAAAUGAAUUGUUCGUGUUAUACGAAGGAGAGAAAAAUGAGCAAACAAAUGUAGUAUCGUCUAAUAAAUACAGCGAUAGAAAAUAAUUGAUCAUUGACUGCCAGAAAUUUUCAAAAAACAGAAUACUGGAGAAAGUCUGGUUGGAACAAUGGAGAGCGCCCGUACUCUGGAUAAUUUAAUUUCAAGUCCUAAUUCUUUCAAAGACGUCACAAGUAGAAUAACCGAGUCGAUUCAUAUAAGUCAUCUACAAUUGGUUAACAGAGAUGGAAUAUCGUCGAAUAACCUUGAAGAAUCGGACGUCAAGCUAAACGAGUUGAUCUCAGUAAAACAAGAACUGGACGUUGUAGACUUUCCAGACGAAAUGGAUGACGACAAUUUUAUCGGUGGCGAAAUAUAUCCCGAUACGGAUGGAGAAAGUAUCGUUCGGCGUGAGCAACCCGGUAUGGAAAAACUUACUAGAAUGGACACCUUGCGUUGCGCAAACUGUGAUUUAUUGCUAAAAAUUGAAGAAUUGGGCAACUGCAACAACUUCCAUCAAAUAAUCUCACUGGAGAGUAAUGUUGAAGAUGAAAGUUUAGUGGACAUUGAAUUAAUUGAUGCGAUAUCAGAUAUUUUUAAUAUUAGACGGUCAUGCGAUUCAUAUAAGGAAAUAUACAAACGAGAUGAUCUUUACUUAUGUGCCGAGUGUUCAACAAUACUAGUUAAACUAUAUCAACUUUACCACGAUUUUAAGUUGUUAGCUGUGAAAUCGAAUGCUUUUCUGAUAACACUUAUUUCGAACGAUAAAUAUGAAUGUUCAAUUAGCCAAAAAAAUGUAAAUGUGAAACCCAACUGUGAUUCAUUCAGUUCUGCCGAACAACGCAUUCGCAAAAGUGGAAGAACAAAGAACUCGUUACAAAAGUUACAGCGUUCAUCAUCAUCCGAAAAAGAAGUAGAAACAACGGACAAUGAAGUCAAUGAUUUCGAUGAGUUGCCAGAAUUGUCAUAUUCUCAUAAUCCAAUGCAGGAAAGAAGCAAAAUGCGUGACUCGAGUGAAUCUAAAUCUAAAAUGCCACAAAAUGCAAAGAAAAAUAAUUAUAAGAAGCUACUUCCAAGAUGUGAUGACUGCAACAUUUCAUUUAAAUUUUCCAUCCAGUUGGUUAACCAUUUAAGAUCACACGCUCACAAGUCUUCUUUGAACCAAGCAUCCGAGUCUGGAAACAUGACCUCCACUGUCACAUCAGAACAACUUAAAAAACAACCCUUCUGUUGCCCGCAGCCAGAUUGUAAAAAAAGUUUCGCCCAAAGAAAAUCCUUGCAAUGUCACAUGAAAAGUCAUUGGGAUGACUCAGCUGGAGAAUGUGACCGGUGUGGAAAGAAAUUCAAAACUUUGGGUGGACUAAAAAUUCAUUUUGCUUCACAUGUAAGAGAUGAUCAAAAGAAAAGUUGUAAAAUGUGUGGGAAGAAGUUUCGAAAACAAGAAGCAUUGGAAAUGCAUAUAAAAAUUGACCAUGCUGGAUAUAAACCACAUCGCUGUCCCCACCCAACUUGCGAGAAAACGUUUCGAUUAAAAGACAAACUAAAGUUACACCUCAUGGUAAUGCAUGAGAAAAAGCGUCCACAUCCUUGUGCCAAAUGUGAAAAAUCAUACAGAACGAAAUACCAUUUAAAAAUCCAUGAUGUAUCCCAACACCAACAACAAGGCGGAGAUGCAUCAAUAGGAUGUAGUCAGUGUAAACGUAAAUUUUUUACCAGGCAAGCUUUAGAGAAACACGUUCUAAUUCACGAUCAAGAAAAGCCGUAUAUUUGUGACGCGUGUGGGAAAGGAUUUCAAACUGCUGCCAGACUCAGACUUCAUGAGAAAAGUCACCAAAAAGUGCCCUCCUGUUUGUGUUCAGUAUGUGGUAGGUCGUAUAAACACAUUCGCGAUUUACGACUUCACGAGGUUAUUCAUCAAGAUGAGAGCACGUAUCGGUUCGGAUGUGGAGACUGUUCCCGAAGAUUUUAUCGUAUUGAUCUGCUUCGGGUUCAUCAAUCAAAUGAGAAACAUUUUUCUACUGAAACCGUUGGGCCGACAAUGUCUAAAGUACUGACCAACAAGGAACCCGACGUUGUAGCAGUACAUGACUCUGUGAUGGAUGAUGACGAUGACGACGAUGAUGAAAAUGAAACUGAUACUGAAACAGCACCACCUCUACCUCCACCCAAUCGAAAGAAAAAAUUGAAACCUAUAAAGGGAGACAAAGCUAUGCAUUUUCUAUCCCCCCGUACGAAAAACAUGACGCUCGCUCAACCAAAUCACACCACUACUACAGUUAUAUAUCACCCAUCAAGAAGCGUGGUACAGUUACAACUAGAGCAGCCAAAUGUCUCGAGCGCAUCCGGAUUAAAGAACAAUGGUGCAACAUUUCUAUCGUCGUCAUCUCUACCUUACAUUUCACAUUGCCAACCACAACAUCACACUAACGAAGUAUUAGCAUCAACCAGCUAUCUUAUUGCACAAAGGGACCAGCAAAAUAUUCUUCACCAUCCGGCCAUUCAGAUUCAAGCAUCACAAAUUCAGUUUGGAAAUCAAACUGUAUAUGCAUCCCAGCCUGUCAAUAUACCAAACAUUACUACUGAAUCGGCAGGGUUUGACUUUAUCAAUUCUUUCAAUCUAGGAUGAAUGAUCUUAAUAAUUAGAAUAACAUAGAAAUAUUUUUCUACAAGUUCUGUUUUUACUCACUUCUAUGUUCAGAAAGACCAAUUUGUUUAUUAAAAACCCAAAGGGAAAAUGCUUUUAAAACGUAAAAUAAAAAUGUUUGGGUAAAAUGUGAUAAUCGUGUAAAAUGUAAAAUGU